AAAAAACUUUUCUUUCUUGGGGGAGGGGUGUUGUGAGCAAAGCUCUGUGGAGCGCGAAGCGUAACAGCACAGACGAGAGAGGACAAAGAAGAAAGAAGGCACAGGAGACACAACCAAGCAGUUGGGAUACUUUUUCCAGCUUUUUUUUGCAAGGAACAACAAACUUUUCACAGCUUUUUGCGGGACGCGAUAAGAUGGACAUUCGUGCGCUUGCACGCGGUUGGUCCCUGAACGCACCAACCCAGUGAGGUUUGAUGAUGUGCUGCAGGAAGAAGGGUUCGAGUUAACCCCUAAGAAUGAGAUGUUGGUGCGGUGCCCUGGCACUGCUCCCGUGGAUGCUGGUGGCCUUGGAGGCCCAGCUCAUCUGCUGGCAGGCCCUCCUACGCUGCCACGCCGAGCCCGAGUGCGAACUCGCCUACAGCCAGUACUUGGCUGCCUGUGAGGGCAACCUGCGGGGCACGAGGAGGCAGUGCCCCAGCCACUGCAUCAACGCGCUAAUCCGCCUCAACCACACCCGCAGCGGGCCAGACCUGGAAAGAUGCGAGUGCGCCCAGGACGCAGAGUGCCUGGGGGCCAAACGCGCCAUUGAGCCGUGUCUACCACGUCAGUACCCGGACGACGGCGACGGGGGGAUCGGUUGCAUGGAGGCCCGCAGACGUUGCGAGGAGGACAGCCACUGCCACGCUUCCCUGGCCGCGUACCUGUCCUACUGCGGACAGCUGUUCAACGGACGCAAAUGCUCCACCAAGUGCAAAGCCACGAUCCAACAGAUGCUUUUCAUCCCUGACGGGGCACUUCUCAACCGCUGCGUUUGCGACGGUGUGGAGAGGCCUUUCUGCGAGGUGGUCAAGGAGAAUAUGAGCAAGCUCUGUUCCAUCGGGAACCACCACGGCAUCAAUGCCGAUCAGCCGGAUGUGGACGACAUGUACGAGGAUGAGGACUAUGACGCCAGGCAGGACAGAGAAGACGUCUACGGCGAGCACUCGGCGGCUCCCAGGUGGUUGUCUACAUUUGGGAUGCUCUUGGUGCUCCCUCUGGGAUUAAUCUGCUUGUGACAGUUGGAUUUAUUCCAGAAAACCGGGACAACUGGAUGAAGGGAUGCUGGUUUUCAUCCUUGCGGAGAACACUUUGGAUUACUUCCGCGGAGGGUUCAAUUUUCUUCUAUAUCAGCAUAUGGCAUAUGAAUCUGGAAAUCUUUAAGAAUUUCCAAUUAUGAAGAAUGUUCUUUCGGGUUUUGUCGACUGUAUACAGCGGGAUAUCCUGGAGAAACUGUGAAAACCCACCAUUUUGGCCUUUAUCUUCUCGGGACAGGACAUUUUAAUCUCCCAGUCCAGGGGUGUGCCAAAUGAAGGUCCACUCAUCCUCUACAGCAGGGGUGUCAAACUCAUUUAUGGCAGUUAGUCUCUGUUCAGACAGCUGGCAUAUCUGAUUCCAAUCAGAUUUUUAGCAAGUAUUCUGCGCCACAUUAUUGAUCCAUCUCACAGGGUCAUCCAGCGUAUAGGGACAUCACGGACAGUCAAAACCAAUCUUAACUGUUCAUACCGAGAAGCAUCUUGUCCAUAUCUGAUAUGAAACUAUGUGGUUUCAAUCCGUUUGGCAAAAAUCAGAUUUCUGUGAUUGUGACUGUUCAGACUGCAAGAAGCAAUCCAGUUUCAAUCUGGAUGGGCUAAAAGUCAGAUUUUUGCUGCCAGUCUGAACAAGGUCUUAGAUUUCAUGUCGACUGGACUAGCUUAUUUUUGGCCAAAUAAGAGCAAGUCCUUCCACUUUAAAAUGAAUUGGACGUCUAUCCUUGUCAAUGGCAGGCAUUGAGUUCAUUUUGCGUCACUUCCCUGUAAUUUUUCAAUGCUUACGGGUCACUUCUUGUAAAUUUUGGAUCAUUUCCUGAUGAUUUUUUUAGGUAUUUUUUGUUGAUUUUGGAGCACUUUCAAGUGACUUCCUCUUGAUUUGGUGCCACUUCCUGAUAGUUUUGGAGCAUUUUUGGAUCAAUUCCUUGUUUACUCAAUGGCUGCCAUUGACGGUGCCUGACGUCAAUAGCACUAAAAGAUGCAGCAGGGCCGAGAAUGAAAAGUGGUAUUUGGCAUGUGUCAAAAUUGAUUUUGCCAUGUGGCAUUUUUUUGCCAUGUGGCAAAAUUGCUUUUGCCAUGUGGCAUUUUUUUGCCAUAUGGCUUUUUUUUUCGCCAUGUGUAAAAUUGAUUUUGCCAUGUGGCAUUUUUGCCAUAUGGCAAAAUGUAUUUUGACAUUUGGAAUUUUUUUGGGAAUGUGGCCAAAUGGAUUUUGCAAUGUGGCAUUGUUUUUGGUAUGUGGCAUUUUUUAUUUUGGUAUAUUGCAUUUUUGCAGGCCAUCCAUGCCCAUGCCAUUGACAGCUCUGCACGUCCAAAUUUUUCAUUCAUUUAAAUGGCACAAAAACAUGUGUUGCUGUGAUGUUUGACCACACACUUACCAUUACAGCACAUUGACAUUCAACCGGCACCUAAGUAAGGCUCUGCCAUUGACAGCUAUGAACGUCCAAAUUUUCCAUUCAUUUUAAAUGGCAGAAAGACAUGUGUGGCUGUGAUUUUUGACCAUACAGUUACCAUUACAGCGAACUGACAUUCAGUUGGCACCCAAGUCAGGCUAUUCCAUUGACGGCUAUGAACGUCCAAAUUUUACAUUCAUUUUGAAUGGCAAAAAAAAACAUGUGUUUGUGAUUUUUGACCAUACACUUUACAUUACAGCACAUUGACAAUCUACUGGCACCCAAAUAAGGCUAUGCCAUUGACGGCUAUGAACAUCCAAAUUUUCCAUUCCUUUUAAAUGGCAGAAAUGCCACAUGGCAAAAAAAAUUGCACAUGCAAAAAAAAAAAAGAAAAACCAAAUGGCAAAAUUAGUUUUGCCCAAUGAAAAAAAAUAAAAUGCCACAUGGCAAAAUCCAUUUUGCCACAAACCAAAUACCACUUUUGGUUCUUGCUGUCUCUCGGUGAGCAUUCACAGCCGAUGCUUUCAGUUUAAGUGAACUGAACGUCUAUUGCUGUCAAAGGCAGGCAAUGAGUUAAUUUGUCUUCACUUCCUUGUAAUUUUAAAAUGCUUACAGGUAACUUCCUGUUCAUUUUCUGGUCAUUUCUAGGCUGCUUCUUGUUGAUUUUGGAGCACUUCCAGCUGACUUCUUGUUGGGGUUUUUUUUUUGUGUGCAUUUUUGCGUCACUUCCUUGUCAACUCAUUGGCUGCCAUUGACAGCACUAGACGUGCAAUUCAUUUUGACCUAGGAGAGGGGGGCGAAUGAACAAAUACGUAUAAGCAUAUGAUUUUGCAUUAACAGUUUGAAAGAGAUACAACGUGCCUUUGACACCCCUGCUCCACCGCGCCAUAUGCUGUGGUAAUCUAGACACUUGGGGAGAACUGUAAACCCACUUCAAGGAGAUGGAAAAUACUUUUGAGGACUAAACCAUUCAACAUUUGAUUCUGGUUUAGGAUUACAUCUAGAUCCUGAGACUGUCUUACAACCUCAUCCUUAGAAACUCAUGUUUCAUGUGUCUUUAUUAGAGCUAAACACUCACCAAACACAUUUGGAACCCUUGUUAAUUUCCACAACCUUUGUGGAUUACAACUGAAUUUGCGAAUCAGUUCAUAAAAUUGUCACCUUGAACUCCCAACCGUGGGAAAACUGGACUUUCCAGACUUAAAAUAAGUGGCCGGGCAUCGUCUACUCGCUGGCGGCUUCCGCUUGUUUGCUCUUGGUGUCAAUAGUACUUGGAGUGUUGCUUUAUUAAGACCUUAGAUAAAUACUGGGCCUCUCCCUGUCCAGGUCUGUUUACUCUUCUACUUUUGUCACGGUAACCACCACACUUCAAAUAUUUGCAGGGGGGGACAGAAUCAAGUGCUUAAAUUAAGUGAAGUAGUACCCUCCACACAAGUUUUUGUGCAGAAGCCCCCUCCGGCUCCCACCUUCGGCGUGAGGUUGUUUUAUAGCACUUUUCCUCUUAGAACACACAACGCCCCUUUUCCUUCUCCUGACUUCAUGCCUCUAUGACACCUCAUUUUAUUACGGCUAACUCUUUUGUUUGCUCACAUUAUAUUCUUUUUUUCGCUCUCUCGGUUUUGAGCAUUAUAUCCAAUACUUGUCAUCUAAAAUGGUGCUUUUGCAAAGUAGGGGUGUCCCGAUUCGAUAUUUACGAACCGUACAGCUAUUUUUGAAGUAUCGGACAAUAUCGGAUUUGCUAACAAGAUUGGAUCCGAUCCAGUAGUCGCAUGUUUUCAGUCCCAGCGUGCUUUUUGGCUGCUGUAAAUCAAAGUGUAAAUUAGACUACAGCUCUUUAGAACAGGGGUCCCCAAACUUUUUCCUGUGAGGGCCACAUAACUUUUCCCUUCUCUGAUGAGGGGCCUGGGUCAGUUUGUAACAGAAAAAGUGUGACGAUUGCAGGAGUGCCUAAAUGUAAAAACAAUUUUGUUUUUCAGAAAGCCACAAUCAAAUAACCCUUUCUGGAUUCUUCCCGGAACAAAAGUUUCUGGCUUCUUUACGGAACAAAUAUGAUAUGAUAUGAUAUGAUAUGAUAUGAUAUGAUAUGAUAUGAUAUGAUAUAUGAUAUGAUAUAUGAUAUGAUAUAUGAUAUAUGAUAUGAUAUGAUAUGAUAAUAACACUAUUAAUUAAAUAGAUAAUAACCAAAUAACCAUCUCUGAGUUCUUCACAGAAAAAGGGCAGGAAAUAAAUAACACUAUUGAGAAAAAAAAAAAAACAUUCAAAAUGCUCUCUGUCUCACCAAAUGUGGAGGCGGGCCGUAUACGGCCCGCGGGCUGUAGUUGGGGACCCCUGCUUUAGAAACUAAUGAUAGUUACAGACCAUUAGGAGUGUGACAGUAUAUCGAAAAGGUGAUAUAUUUUAGCCCAAAAGGUUGGGUCCCGACAAGAAUCAAUAUAUCGUUUUGAAAAGGUGUCACUGUUUUAAAAUAAUAACAAAAAAAGGAACCAACAGGUUGCCAUCAAAUUCUUCCAAUAGAAUAGUGUGUAUAUUAGCUCACUGGCUGCCAUUGACGGCGUUAGACAUCUACUGUAUUGGCCCGAAUAUAAGACGGCCCUGAUUAUAAGACGACCCCCAAUUUUCAAGACUGAAGUUUGAAAAAAGACUUUUUGAACACCAAAUUAAUUUUUAUACAGAAAAUAAUUACAUUACAUCUGAAACAAAUGAUUAUAACAAUAUAUUUGAGAGA